AUGCUUGUCCCUGCUCUAAAAACAAGAAUAACACGUCAUAACGGCCUCAAUGGACGGAGUUGGAAGCCGGGUUGACUCCUUGAAAAGGCCCUGGCCUUUUGAAACGUGGUCUUUUGAACCGUCCGAGGGCAAUGCCGAUCCCGAGCCAGGAGUAAUAUCUUCGCAGUUUCCAUGGGAUAUCAAUUCAGCCUGGGACCAGAGCUAUCUCGACCCCGUUAACGCGUAUCCUGGCUUUGCCAAAAUUAAUCAGGAAAACCUUUGCGAGCAGGACCCUUACAGUCACAUGACUGCAUCGUCCGAUUCAUUCCCCAACAUAGUCUACGAAACGAUUGCGCAGACGAGUUUCGCGUUCGAAGAAAACCAAGAGGUUUGCUUCGGCAGUGUGAUCGACGUGAAGGCGCAGUUGAAGAAUACAAACUUGCCUCAAGGCUAUGCAUUCACACAGGCAACUGCUCCGUUUCGUGAUUUCCGAGUUGUUCCGGACGGAGAUUACUAUUCUUUGGAAUACUACGGAAAUAAGUUUGCUGUUUUAAACAAGAAGAUAUGCGGCGACUUCCGAGCGGUCUUGCAAAGUCAGCAAGUACGUCUUCACGCCUUUGUGGAGGGCAAAGAAUGGUCCGCAGCCGUCAAAUUGUGGCAGAAGUACAACACCUCCACCAUAAUAACGGUGGAGAUCAACAUAUAUGGAGCUCGUGAGAUUGCCGAUGAAGUAGGAAAAGUAAUCUCAAACUUCGGCACGUUCUUGCAACAGCCUCGCUAUGGACUCUAUGGUGUGGGGUACUACAAUCCUCAUUAUUUUCAGGUACCAGGAUUUGCAAAUGUCGAAUCUCUCGACACGCCAAUAAUCACCAUCGAAGAGCCUAGUUCGUUUCCAAUUCAGAGCGCAGCGCCAGACGAGCUAGGAGAUCCAUCUCGAGAAGUUUCGUCCAUACUGGACUCACUUUCACAUCAUGAUUUUCUCACAGAAAGAGCUGCAGAUGUGAGAAUUAGAAGGCCUUUGCUGUCACAUCAGAUGGAAGCCAUUGAUUUCAUAUUCCGACGGGAGACCGGCCAACUCCCUGCUGCCCUAAGGCUUUGGAGUUACAAUGACAGUGAUUCAGAUGAACCAUUCUACCAGCAUGUGUUUAGUGGUGCAAAACGCUCCCAGCCGGAUGAAGCAAAGGGCGGCAUCUUAGCAGACGAUAUGGGACUUGGCAAGACCCUAGUUACGUUGGCUACCAUUGCCGGGUCUAUUGACCGUGCUGAGAACUUUGUUCUCGCCGGGAGUAAAGAAUUGGAUUCUAGUCAACAGCCCACGGUGCCAUCAAAGGCUACCUUAAUUGUUGCUCCAUCUUCUUUACUUCUAGACAGUUGGUGUGACGAGAUAUACAAGCAUACAUACCCGGGCGAUCUCACUUUUCAUAAACAUCACGGUCAAGGAAGAGAAUCAGAUGCCCACAAACUUUAUUCCAGCGACAUAGUGCUCACAACUUAUGCAACAGUCGCAUCAGAAUUUUGUCGUGGGAGGAGUGCCCUGGCGAAAGUCAGAUGGUUCAGGAUUGUUUUGGACGAAAGUCACGAUGUCAGAAAUAGAUCCACAAAACAAUUUCAAGCAAUUGCAAGCCUGGUAGCGCUCCAUCGCUGGUGUCUAACUGGGACGCCGAUUCAAAAUAGCCUCGAAGAUCUUGGUGCUCUAGUAACGUUUCUGAAGGUUCCAAUUCUGGAGAAUGCAUCUACGUUUCGAAAGCACAUCACCAAUCAAUCGAUGUCUAAUUCGAGGGACCGGUUCUCAAAUUUAAGGAUACUUCUUGGAGCCACCUGCCUUCGGAGGACCAGAGCACUACUCAAUUUGCCAGAGCCAAUACCCGAGAUCCGCAGAUUAUCCCUCACCCCUUCUGAACAAGUUCAAUACAACGAAAUAGUCCUCGGGUGCAAAAGAGCAAUUGAUAUGGCAGUCAGUGGACAUAUAAGAUCGAGACUCAACUCAACAAUGCUGGAGUCAUUACUAAAGCUUCGAUUAUUCUGCAACAACGGCGGUUCAACGCACAACAUUGAGACAGGGCCGACAGGGCUGCCCUCUGAUUUAGAUGAGGCUUUGAGUUAUCUUCAGCAAAACGAUCAAGCCAAUUGCAUUUAUUGCACGGGGCCUAUUUAUUCGAUCAACAAUGAAUGGAAUACGGACGGCGGAAUAUGGAUAAAGACUUGCAUCCAUCUCGUUUGUCGAAGUUGUCUGCCCCAACAUAGAGCAAACAAGCAAAUAUGCCCUUGCACAUCUAAUGACAAGGAAACUGCUUUAUUGUCUAGAAGUUAUGAAUUUAAAAGCCCAAGCUCGCCAUCCCUAGCCGCCGCUGAAGACUCAAGUCGGCUCCAGAAGCUCAACCAGAACACUUCUCCUACAAGGUUGGAAAAUCAGUAUCCCUCCAAACUCUUGGCGUUUCUGGAUGACAUUAAAUAUCAAAAGGCACACAAAAGUAUCGUUUUCUCCUCUUGGAAGAAAACCCUCACGCUCGUCGGUCAACUUCUCGCCAGUCACAGCAUACCGUUCUACUGCAUCGAUGGUUCCCUUCCUCUUUCCGAGCGCGGAAAGGAGCUCACCAAGUUUCGGUCUCCCGUGGGAGCGAAUAUCCUAUUGAUGACACUAGGCACUGGAGCAGUCGGACUCAACUUGGCAGUAGCCUCCCGAAUCUACCUUCUCGAGCCCCAAUGGAACCCGGCAAUCGAACUCCAAGCCAUUGGGAGGGCACUAAGAUUAGGGCAAAAGGAACAAGUGACUAUUGUGCGGUAUAUUAUGAAGAAUACUGUAGAAGACAGUAACGUUCUGUCGAGACAGAGGCGCAAGCUUAAAUUGGCUGGAGGAGGCUUCUCUCAGAAGGGAGGUGGUUUAUCUUCCGAAGUAUCGCAAUCUCUAAAAAGUGUUUUCGGUGUUGAUAUUUAGACUAAUAUUGCCACUUCUGUCCUCCUCUUGGCACCACCGGGCUUAUUCUGUUCUACUCUUUAUCGAAUCCGCAGCUAAACAUUCUCAGCAUCAGCCUCCUUUCCAGCUAUCGCUAUAAAUGUAACCCACCUCUUCAGCAACCGUAUACACUGUAGCAUCCAAAUGCGUUCCCGGCGUACUCAGACCUUGUACCUCCAAAACCCUCAAAUCGGGGGCCCACUACACAUCCAAGUUCCGUGAGCAUCAUUAUGCGGGUUCCUAAGCAUGUCCGAUACCCGGCGUAAAAUACAUCUGUAUUACUGUAAUCAAGUCGGGGUCACACAUUCAGUCCCGGAAUGAUCUUCACCGGGGCCAAAGAGGCCCGAGAUGGAGCCU